UCCAGCUCUAUGGUAAAGCGGACUUCCGGUAUUCUGCAAAGUAUCCAGGAAGGAGGAAGGCCGUGAAGCUCAAAGCUAUCCUUGUAGCUUUGUGGCCACCUCCAUUCUGUGUCAGUAUGAAUCAUGGGCCCCAACUGAUUGCUUUCACUCGUGCUCAGGAGGAAUCGGAUCUCUGGAGAGAUGGACAAGUUCAGAAGAAAAGCAGCAGAGGCUGCUCUGUAGUUAACCAGGAGGAAGGGAGCACAUCCGGAGAAGCGGUGCGCAGCUUCUAUGAGAACAUAGUGCUUCCCAAUCAUCCUGGAAGAAACACACACAGGAAACGGAAGGUGCCAUGUAUACACCGCAAGCCAGCAGUAGACACUCCUCAUGUUCAGAGCAAAGAGACAGACUCCCGUCUAGGGAAUCGGCUCCUGAAAGCUGCCCAGGAUGGCAACCUGAGCUCUCUGCGAACCUUGGUAGAGAAAGAAGGCUGUGACAUAAACUACCGAGACAGUUAUUACUGGACAGCCAUGAUGUGUUCUGCUUAUGCCGGUCACGAGGAAGCUGUCAAGUAUCUUCUGAGUUGUGGGGCUGCCUGGGUGGGGGUCUGUGAGAGACAAGGUCGAGACGCAAUGGAUCUGGCUGAAGAAGCAGGCCACGAGAACAUAGUAGAUGUGCUACAGAAAACUGGAAGGCCCCAAGUGAAGGAGGAACCAACGAGUCCCCAGGCACCACCUGAGAAAAAAUACUGUGCCGUGUGCCAGGCCCACUACAGCGAAGACACGGUGGCUCUCCAUGAGCGCUCCACUGCCCACAUUUUCAAUCGACGUGACCCACUGCCCCCCACACGCUACCACAUCCCUGAGAACAACGUGGGCUACCAGCUGAUGGUUAAAGGAGGCUGGGAUCGAGAAACAGGUUUGGGGCCUGAGGGCGCUGGUCGCCGAUUCCCCAUCCAGACUGUGCUCAAGCGCAACCAGAGAGGCCUGGGUUUUGGCAGCGACCUCAAGCCCAAGGUGACCCACUUUGAUGCCAAUGAUCCCAGUGCAGUUGAGACCAGGAAGGAACGGCCCAGGAAGGAACGGGCAGCGACUGUAGGGAAACGAGAGGCCCGGCGCCGGGAGGCAAAGGCAGUUGCCUGGGAACGCAACCUCCGCACUUACAUGAACAUUGACUUCUGAACUCUUCUUCUGCUACUUGGCUACAUGUCAGCAAAUUCCUUAUUGGGAAAGAGUUCUAAAAUAAAACUGUAUUUGGAAUACA